UAGAGGGCGAUAACGGACUCACUGUAGACCUGUUUUAUUCAAAGAAGAAUCACUUCCUCUCCGGAGUCGUCCUGUCAGAGACUCCUUCAGUGCAGUGAGAUUGUCAAGAUGGCAGGCCGCCGUUUAGCCCUGAAGGCCAUUGACUGGGUGGCAUUUGCUGAGCGUGUCCCACCCAACCAGAAGGGCAUGUUCAAUGCUCUGAAGACCCGCAGUGAUGCAAUUUCUGCUAAACUCGCUUCCCUGCCAGAGUCUCCCGUUGCCAUCGACUGGAGCUAUUACAAGAGCGCUGUGGCCAAAGCUGGGAUGGUUGAUGAGUUUGAGAAGAAGUUCAAAGCGCUGAAGAUCCCUGAGCCUGCUGAUAUGCAGACAAGUGCCAUCAACGCGCAGGAGGCAGAGGCUGAAAAAGAUGCCCAAGCUUACGUGGAAGCGUCUAAAGCUCGCAUUGCUCAGUAUGAGACAGAGUUGGAUAAGUUCAAGAAUAUGAUCCCCUUUGACCAGAUGACCAUUGAAGACCUCAACAACACCUUCCCUGAGACCAAGUUGGACACGGUCAAAUAUCCAUAUUGGCCCCACAAGCCCAUUUCUGAACUGUGAUUAAUUAAUUGACUUGACACUCACUUCACAAUAAAAAAAAACAUAUUUUAAAUGUA